CAUGGCUCUGCCUAUUAAUGUCUUGAGUAACUUUUAACACCUCAAAAUACAGGUCUCUCAUUCUGAACAGGAGCUUGAAAUGCAAACUGUGCUUUUAGAUAUUCUACCAGACUCCGGCUGCCUGCUCCAUUAGAAAAAAUUCAGGAUUUUGUGUUUGUGUUGGACUCUGUCAGAACAGUAUGAGUCAUUAAGCAAAUUUCAGUUUGCUUUCCUCCUUGAAUCAAGGAAUUUAUUUAUUAAUCAAGUAUAGUAAAUUUCAUGUUUCAUUUUCCACACCUGUGACUGGACUCAAAAUCUUGUUGCUGACCCUGACUUUGGAGAGAGCGAUACGUGCUUUCUUCCUGAUACACAUGCAGAAAAAUGCCUGUGGGGCUUGGAGAUUAAAAAUACAUUAAAAAGAAAACCUUGCUGUCACUUCCUCCAAGGGGCCCUGAAACAGGAUGGAGCGGAUAAGCGAGGAGGCCCUGCGGCUGAACAUGCUGAAGCGAGGUCUGGAGGUGCCGGAGGAACGUGAGGAGGCCCUGGCUAAGAGGCUCAAGAUGGAAGGCCACGAGGCCAUGGAGCGCCUCAAGAUGUUGGCAUUUCUCAAACGCAAGGACCUGGCUGGCCUGGAGGGGGACUCCAAGUGCUCUCCAGGGAGUGGCCAGGGUUCAAUGGCACCCAUGGCCUUUGAGGAGAAAAUGAACGGCAGCCUGCGGAGUGGAACAGCAGGCCAUGGCAGCCUGAGCAGAAGUGGCAAGGAGAACAUGGGAGACGAACCUGUGGAUAUGAGUGCGAGGCGCAGUGAUCUGGACAGGGAGCGCCACACACCUUCCCCUGAUAUCAUCGUCCUGUCCGACAACGAGGCCUCCAGCCCCCGUGCGGCCUCCCGUGCUGAGGACCGGCUCAGGGUUCCAAAUGUGGAGAUGUUCAAGGGCAAGAGCGACGAGGAGCGCCAGCAGAUGAUUAAGGCCCUGAAGGAGGAACUGCGCCUGGAGGAGGCACGUUUGGUGCUGCUGAAAAAGCUCCGUCAGAGUCAGAUGCAGAAGGAGAACCUUGUGCAAAAGGUGCCGGUGGUCCAGAAUGCACCAUCAUCUGUGCAGCCAUCACCCAGUCAUGGUUCUCAGGGGCUGGCCAAGCUGCCGACACGACCUGGUCUCCACACCCCAGAGCCUCAGAACCUGCGCACUGCUCAGGGUCACACUGUGAUCAGAUCAGCCAGCAAUGCUGGCCUGCCUCAGAUGAUGAUGUCACAGCGAGUGAUAGCCCCCAAUCCAGCGCAGCUUCAGGGCCAAAGGGUGCCCUCCAAGCCUGGCAUUUCACGCUCAGCCACAGGCAGCAUUACCAAUGCUGGCAACUAUCAGCAGGCUAGCAGCCAGCAGGUGUCUGUCUCCCAACGCUCUGCCUCCUCUAUCUACAUGAACCUGGCCCACAUGCAGGCCUCUGGGGCUGGUGGUGUAGGCAGUGUGGCAGGAGUGGGUGCAGUUAGCCCCUCACCACUCCCCAGCCCAGGAGCAGGCUCCCUCACAGACUCAGUCAGCAGCCAGGCGGCAGCAAAGCUAGCCCUGCGUAAGCAGCUGGAAAAGACCCUCCUGGAGAUCCCGCCGCCCAAACCCCCCGCACCACUGCUGCACUUCCUGCCCUCAGCCGCAAACAGCGAGUUCAUCUACAUGGUCGGCCUGGAAGAGGUGGUGCAGAGUGUGAUUGACAGCCAGGGCAAACUGCGCAGCCCGCUCUCCCGCAUGGAGCCCUUUGUGUGUGCCCAGUGCAAGACAGACUUCACCCCGCACUGGAAGCAAGAGAAAGGCGGACGCAUCCUCUGCGAGCUGUGCAUGACAACCAAUCAGAAGAAGGCCCUGAAGGCAGAGCACACUAACCGACUGAAGAAUGCCUUUGUGAAGGCCCUACAGCAGGAACAGGAGAUCGAACAGAGGCUUCAGCAGCAAGCAGCCUUGUCACCCAGUUCUGCACAGACUGUUCCCAGCGUCAGCAAAGCUGACUCCAUGAUUCGGCACCAUGCGCUCAGACAGGCUCCUCAGCCACAGGCUCCCCAGUCCCAGGCUUCUCUCCAGCGGGGCAUCUCUGGCUCAGCCCGGGGAGUGCUGUCCAACUUUGCCCAAGCUUCACAGCUCUCUGUGGCCAGCGGCCUCCUCGGCAUGACAGACAAGCGCUGUGGAGGCUCCAGCAGUCGGGUCCAGCACGAGAGCCGACGCCAGCUCUAUAAUAUCCCUGGGGUGAACAUUGCGUACCUGAACCCAGGGGCAGUUGGCGGUCAUAAAGCAUCCAGCCUGGCUGAUCGACAGAGGGAGUAUCUGCUGGACAUGAUCCCUCCUCGUUCCAUAUCGCAGUCCAUUACUGGGCAGAAAUGAGUCGCACAUAUGCGAGCAACACACUGCAACAUAGCGCCCCCCCGUUUCACCCCCCUGCCCCCAUCGCAUGCAGUGCCUGUUAGUGUGCCUAUCAGCCAACUCAUAAGAACAGUCAAGAAAAACACAGAACAUUUGGUGCAUUGAGAUGUACUAUUAAAAUGUAUUAUGGAUUUUCAAAU